AUGGCACCUCACUGCCGUCUGCCCAGCCUUGGGCUCCUGGCUGCCACCCUCACCAUCUCUGUGCUCCUGCCUGGGGUCCGCCCACAGGCCACGGACGUGGGCAUUAAGCUGUGCGGCCGGGAUUUUGUCAGGACGGUCAUCAUCUCCUGUGGAGGCUCCAGGUGGAAACGGUACUCGCCAGAGGAGAAUGACGAGCGAGACAAUGUGUACAGAAUCCUCUUGGACUCAUUGGAUGACAGCUCACAGAAUUCGCCCAAUGAGGAGCCUGAAGUCGAAGAGAUGGAUGACACUGAACCAGAGACCCAAGUUGGUGAAAGCGACAUACUCCUUCCACACUUCGAGGGCCAAAGAGCCCCCGUCGGCUCAAAUGAGGAUUGGGACAACGAGCCGGAAGCCAGAUUAUCUUCAGCUUUCCUCGUCGCUUUGGAACGAAAAUCUUCAAGAUCCAAACGCAGUGCUUCAGGAUUGGCCAAAAGUUGUUGCAAACGAGGCUGCACCAGGAGCGAAAUUGCUAGACUUUGUUAAUUGAUUGACCUUUUCCUGGGGUCACGUUAGUGCUGAUGCCCAGGAUUCAUAUUCUGUUGUGUGAAAUAUUAGUCCCAAAGGAUUUUGCUCAUUUCAAUUUGCCUUCUCCAAAGUUUACCCUGCAACCCUUGCUUGAGAAUACAAGCCUUUAUUCAAUCAGGAAACUGGCAUUCUCUGGAACUUCAAGGCUUAGCCAUCAAUGCCAGUAGGAUUGCGUGGCAGGGAUACCAUUUGCACACAGGUGAUUCAGAGUGCCAAAUGCCCUGAACACCUGACCCACUGUCACUUCUGACAACACCAAAUGAUCCAAACCAAUCUCAAGGCAACAUGAGUUGCUAGAGAAACUCAGCAGGUCUGGCAGGAGAACGGAUUCAGAAGAAGGAUCACUGGGAUUGAGACAUUAACUCUGUUUCUCUCUCCACAGAUGCUGCCAGACCUGCUGAGUUUCUCCAGCAAUUCCUGGUUUUGUUUCAGAAUUCCAGCCAGUUGCAAUUCUUUGUUUAAUUUCAAUCUCAAGAUGAAUCCAUCAGAAAUAAUUAAUGUAAACUAUAACAUAGAGGCAGGCCAUUCACGACUCUCCCCACCCCUCCACUGGUCUACGCUGUGGUCUAAGCUCCACACAAGGUUUCCCUACCCCUCUAACUCUAAUAGCAUUGAGACCCUUUACCCGGUGGGACAUGGAUCUCUUGUGGAAAUGGCCUGUAACGAAUCAAAGGGAAAUAGGAGAAGGACAGGGGUGGGUGCUGACAUUUUUGUGUAUUUUUUUAGGAGUGAACAUAGGUUUGUUUUAAUGAGUGGGCAAUGGGCAAAGUGGAAAUAUUGGGGAAGGAGAGUUGGGGGAUAUGGGGAAUAGUGGGGCAGAAAGUUAAAAUUUUUCCUGUGCAGAACAUAGAUACCAUACGUACAAAGACCGGGCAGACAGAAGGGAACUUUCUCCCUCACUGGAGGGAUCCAUGACCAUUGGGUACAGAUUUAAGGUGAGGGGCAGGAGGUUUACAGGGAUGUGAAGAAAAGAUUUUUCUUUACCCAGAGUGGGUGGGAAUCUGGAACUCACUGCCUGUGAGGGUGGGAGGGGCAGGAGAUCCUCAUCACGUUGAAGAAAUAUUUAGAUGUGCACUUGUGAUUCCAAGAUAUACAAGGCUAUAGACCAAGAGAUAGAUAACAGAAUUAG